GAAAAUCCAGGCACCUCGAUUUGAACGCGGAGCAGCCAAACAAGGAGACGAAGCGUGUGACUCACAACGGGGUGUCCAUGGUGAGCACCGUUCGCUUGGAGCAGCCGUCCUCGUCGAGCCCCGCGACUAGCGAGUUGAGUCUAUCGGGGCUUGCAUAUUUGUGGUCUAUGCACUUGAAUUUUGUAAACGUUCGGAUGUCGAGAUUUUAUCUAGGAGCUGAAGCAUUCUGCGCAACGGCGCCGCUCACCGCGCGGCGACGCGACAAGGUGAACGCUGGCUUCGGAAUGCGGUCUCAUGGCAGAAAAGUUAGCAGUCCUGCACGCUGUCUUGCACUCCACGCACUUCCUCGAGCUCUCGCCGUAUCGCGGCCAGUGCUUCUUCGUUUCAAUCAGACUGAGCAGGUGCAGAAGGCAAUCCGGGUGACCUUGUCGCGUAGAGGCAAAUGUGCAUGCUUACACUCGGCGCUCCAUUAUUGUAUCGUGCUGUUGGGUGUACUGUAACCCGACUUGGACAGGGCAAAGCCCAGCUGAAUUUCCCAGACUUUUCAAAUCCGGCUGGUCUGUUAUUACUUUAUCGAUCCCGAAACAUUUGACGGGCAACACAUUUUUCAAAUUCCCAAGAGGUCCAAAGCUCACUUGUCUAGUACCAUUCCAAACCAUUGACUGAGAAUGGGCUGCGCAUCGUCUUCCGCCAUCCCGAAACUACCGGAAGCGCGUCAGGUCGCACCCAUCGAAGCAGACUUGUGCGCCAAAGCCAUCACCACACUCCGUCUCCGCGACCGCUUUUGGGACUCUCCGCGCGACGAAGACUUUGUCAUCUGCGACGCCGAAUGGGGCCAAGAUGUGUUCAGGAUCCAGGGCACACCGUCCGCUAUGAAAACGUUGCGAGACCCUCACCGUAGACCACUCGUGCAUAUGAAGCGCGAGCUCAUGGCUCCUGUCCCCACCUAUAAUGUAUUCGACGCGAAAGCAUCAGCGGCCAAACUCUUCUCCAUUAAGGCACAACCCGAGCUCAAUGUAGAAUUCCAGAGUCCCGCCACAGGCGAAAAGUGCCGCAUCGGCCUCGCUGGAAACUGGUCCAAGCGCCAAGCGUCGAUCUGGAUGGAGCAGGGCCGCAAGGGCUCGCGGACGACCAUCGGUCGGGUCUUCCGCCCGGCAGGCAGUCGCAGCUCUGCCGCUACUGCGCGCAGCUCCUCGCUAUCCAGCAGCCAGCCGGACGACGAAUACUUCCUGGCCAUCAUGGGCGGUGUUGAUAUGUCACUGAUGGUGCUUAUCUGCAUUGCACUCGAGCAAGCUCACACCGAGAAGUGGUAAAGCCAUUCAAAGGCGGCGUCAGGUGUAGUGUCGGACGCCAUUAGUUCACCGUACUGCACUCUGUAGCGAGACGCAAAAAACUAUUUAUCAAAACAACAACAACGGUAGCAAAAGGAAGUUACCAACAUGAAAAAAGAUCAACACCA